AUGGUCGCGCUUCAAAAACCGGAUAACCAACUUUACGCAGACAUUGUUCGGUCUUUGAAACAAAAUUCUGGAUCUGAGUUUCAACCGCCUUUCGUCGCGCCGCAUGGCGAUCGAAAAGUCCGAAUUCGAACAGGUUGUCAUUAUCAAUCGCAAUUACCGGAAGACCAUUGGCAAGAAAAGUACAAUCGCAAUGUAAAACAGAGUGUUCAAGGAUUUUAUACGCCGGCUCAUGUUCCGUAUGCUUCAGUUGGAGAUGUUUGUUUGAAUGUAAAAGACCUCGUAGUGAAAACAGUUGGCGGUGAACAGAGCCAGGAGAAGGUAGGUUGUCAGAACAUGCGCAUGGACUGCAUGACAUCCCUGUUCGUCAUGUCUUAUAUUAAUAUUAGCAUCUCGUACAGCUUUUUUUUUUUUAGAAAGGAAUUACAAAUUUUUUUUCUUUUAAAAAAUAUUUUCUGUAACUCUGAAUAGUUAUCCUGAGUUAUCUCACCCGGUAAAAUUCACCUUGACAACGCAUGGAAGGUUGCUACGCCGGGGAGGGGGGAGGGGACUCUGCAUAUGAAAGGGGUGGGGAUGCUCGUCUAAAAUUUUGAAUUAAACCCCUAAAGGAGACCGAUCUGGGCGUGGCCCAAGCUUUUUUUGACCCCUAAAAGAGGCCAUGUUUAAACACAAACAAUAUAUACAAUGGCGUUUUGCCCAGAACACCCUAAGUGAGACCAAAAUCUGCAAUUUGCACACCCCUAAGCGAGACGACGACCAUCCCCACCCCUUUCAUAUGCGGAGUCCCCCCCCAAGGUUGCUACUUGUUUCAGCUCAUCAUACCAUUAUUUGUAAAAGAUUACGAUAUUAUCAAAAGAUAUUAUUAUUCGUCAUUCUUACGAUUUGAUGGUAUCAUUUUGCAUGGUUCAAAUGAUAAUGAAGCAUGGCUAGCCCUUCAUUCAAUCUAAACAAUUAGAAUGCACCACAACUUGCAAAAAAAAACUUGAAGAGAUAAACUUAUUUGUUAUUGUUAUUGUUUUAGUGCAAAAAUCCUAGUCUUGCCGCUGAUCUUUGUGAACAAGAGAAAAAGAAGGACGAAGAUCGUGUGGAAACAAGUCAGAAGGUAGGGCGAGAAACCCACAUUCUGUUAUAAGUAAUGGAAAAUUAUUGUUUUCAGAUCGCAACAGGACGGCAGGAAGAAGAGGACGGCAAAACGCUUGGGUGUGACAAGUGACAGCGCUGUUACUUGUCUGUUUUUAUUUGACGUGAUCUUCUCUCUUUUACAAAAAAGAUCUAUUUAAAAGAAGGUGAAUUUUGGCGGAAGGUUUUUUCAAACAAAAUUAUUGUCACGCUUGUCACACAUAAAGGUUUGCCAUCUUGUUCCCUCUUCUGUCCUGUUCACUCAGCGUACGCCUUCGGUAAGGUUAAAAUACAAUUUUCCUUCGGUUUAAAUGAUCCUUUUUUCUCAUUUUUUUUGUAGUAAACUCAAUAAUAGAUUAUAAAUAAUGAUGAUAUUAUCCACUUCGAAAAUGUAGAAGGGGCCAUUUAGGAAUACGACUGAGGUUUUAUUCAUUUUAAUAUGUUGUUGUUGUUCAGUUGUUACGUUGUUUUUCAAUAUCAGAAACGGAUGAUUUUUUGUCAUGACUUAUUUGAAACACUGAACCGUGUGCAAGAAAUAUUUUGCUACCAAAAAUGAUCGCAUCUGAGCCGCAAGAAAUAUAGCUAGUUAUCGACACUGAAUUGUUCUAGUUUGUAUAGGUAAUAUCAUGAUUAGUAGUGAUAUUUGGCAUAAAUACCAUGAGUGAUAUUUCAAGAUUGUCAUACGUAAUUUCACGAGUUGUUAGGCGAGUGAAAUUUGAGACAAUUUUGAAAUAUGGUAUUUAUGCCAAAUAUCACGUACAAAUCAAGCUAUUAUUACCGGGGCCCAGCCGAAGGCUGGCACCGGUCUUAAAAUGCAGACCGUCCGUUUUUUCAACGUUACAUUGUUAGGGAUAUAUCGCUGACUGAGAUAUAUCGCUGGCUCAUUGAAAUCUUAUCCGCCAUUUUGAAAAGAAGAGGCAUGGAGGACAGUCAAGAGAAAGAUUAUAGCUUUUUUGGGGAACGACACGUUCCCCCAACCUAACUAGUUUAUGAGCGAAAAUUUAAGAGUGAAUAUUUGGAGAGACAAAUUUACGAACGAUCACUUCUGAGACUGAACCUUCCAUCGUGAAACUUAUCGAGAAAUUGAGUGAACCUUCCAUCGUGAAAUUUAUCGAGAAUCAAAGCGAACACUUAUCAAAAUUUGUCUUCAAAAAGAUUUCAAUGAUUGACAUACCGAAGACUUCAAAGCUCCAUCGCUAUGUUAAUAAGGUGAGAAAACUUUAUCAUGCACGAUAUAAAUGUAAUAACAAACGCGAUCCAAAGAUAAUUAACUUAAAUAAAAUGGCUAUACCCAAGAAAGCUUACUUGUUGUCUUUCUUUAGCAGGCAUUAUCACAGGAUAAUGAAACUAAAAAUAAUGUAAAGCACGUCGAUCUUUAUCAUUG